GUUCUUACGUGCUUUGCCCUCCACACUGUGUUCGUCAGCACAGCGCCGUACCUCCAGCACAAUCCCGUUUCCAAUAUCGAGAACCCGAGACCGAGUCGAGAGAGCAUCUUCUCAUGCAAGCUGUGUUGUGUGUAUACUACUAGUAGCCGAUCAGCGAAAUCCAUCAGUCAAGUUUUUCGUACGGAAGAUAAGCACGCAUGGAAAAAUGUCCAAUUUCGGGCCGUACAAGUGUGUAAUUGGUUCACCUCUGGUUGUCUAAUUUAGUGCAUUUUCGAGUGGAUUAUUGUGUUUCUAACAAUAACUACUACAAAACGGUCGCUCACAAUCCAGAAGAUCAUCAGCAUUCGCUCUCUGAAACCAAUUAUAUGACAUUUGCUUUAUCCCUUCCGUCGUCGGAUCGCCGCAGGCACUACUAGACGCAAUCACGCACCAUGAUUCAAGGCUACGGUCCGGUAACACAGGCCUUGCUGGGAACCCUGCUAACAUGGGGUCUGACGGCACUCGGUUCGGCAAUGGUGAUCUUUCUGCGAGGCAACCAGCGCAAAUCGUUGGACAUUUCGUUGGGAUUUGCCGCUGGCGUGAUGGUCGCCGCCAGUUUCUGGUCACUGUUAGCACCCGCUAUUGAGCUGGCUGAAAGUUCCAACAUGUACGGCAGCAAGGGUGAGUUUGCCUUCAUACCGGUGGCAGUUGGAUUUCUGCUAGGAGCCAUCUUUGUGUAUGGAACCGAUAGAGUUAUCUCGUUCCUGGGUAUUAACAGUCCGACCAUGAUGAUUGCGUUGACUCAUGCCAACAAAGACAAGGCGGACAUUGCGAUUGACGAUCAGGUUUCGUCACUGGAACAUGGGAGAAGCUCUUAUGCUGGAGUCACACCAAACCCACAGGACCAUUCGCUUGCAAUCGGGAUGGACAGUUUUGCCGAUUGUCUUAACGCACAGCAUGAAAACGUUUCGAGGAAGCGAAGGAAGGGCAGCGAACAUUCGAAGGAGCAAUCUCUCUACACUAACGCCACUCAAAGUCAGAUCGACGCUCAGCUAUCUCAGUGGAAACGAAUCAUGCUGCUAGUGGUAGCUAUUACCGUUCACAACAUUCCUGAAGGAUUAGCAGUGGGUGUAAGCUUUGGUGCAAUCGGAACGACAGAGUCGGCAACGUUUGAGGCGGCCCGGAAUUUAGCUAUCGGUAUUGGUAUUCAAAACUUUCCUGAAGGAUUGGCCGUUAGCCUGCCGCUACAUGCAGCCGGUUUUAGUCUGGGUAAAAGCUUCUGGUACGGUCAGCUUUCGGGGAUGGUAGAACCGAUCUUCGGAGUUCUCGGUGCAGUUGCUGUGAGUCUCGCUACGAUUAUUUUACCCUAUGCGCUGUCGUUCGCCGCUGGCGCUAUGAUUUAUAUUGUUGCGGACGAUAUUUUGCCUGAGGCGCAUGCUAGUGGCAAUGGUCAGUUAGCGACCUGGGGAACUGUCGCAGGUUUCGUUGUAAUGAUGUGCCUCGAUGUUGGGCUUGGUUAAAUCUCUCCUUGUUCCGUUGCUUAAACCGCAUAAACCAAUGUGAUUCGACUGUUGAAAUGUACUUCAAUUUGCGUAAGUAUUACUUGUAUUCGUUAGAUGCUUAAUAGUGUGAGAGAUGAGAAGAAAAAAAAACAAAUAGAAAGAAUUAUUAAGCAACGCCUCUCGAUUUUCCCACGAAGUGUGGCACUAAUGGUAGCAUAUUGCAAACACCUACACACAAACAUGAGAUGUACAUAUUGGACAAAAUCCAACGCAAAACGUUUUUUCCUUCUUAUUUUAAUCAAGUUUACUUAGUAUACUGUACAAAUAAAUUUUAUGACAAGUGGUAA